ACACUUGAAUGCAUCGAAACGUCAUUUCUUUUUUGGUUUGUUUGUUGUGAGCGACGACUCCUCUCUCUCUCUGUGCGACUCAUCAUCUGAUCCAAAGACAACACCAAUAGUGAUGGCGUCUGCUUCUGGACCGUACAACUACUCGUAUAUUUUCAAAUACAUAAUAAUAGGUGAUAUGGGAGUCGGAAAGUCAUGUCUUUUACAUCAAUUCACGGAAAAAAAAUUUAUGGCCGACUGUCCGCACACAAUUGGUGUCGAAUUCGGGACAAGAAUUAUCGAAGUUUGCGGUCAAAAGAUAAAACUGCAGAUUUGGGACACCGCUGGUCAGGAACGCUUCCGAGCCGUCACUCGCAGUUACUAUAGGGGAGCGGCCGGCGCUCUGAUGGUCUACGAUAUGACCCGUCGGUCGACUUAUAACCAUUUGUCGUCGUGGUUGACGGACGCCCGCAAUCUGACCAAUCCGAAUACAGUUAUCUUUUUGAUUGGCAACAAAUCCGAUUUAGACGACCAACGCGACGUCACCUACGACGAGGCCAAACAGUUUGCCGACGAAAACGGUCUGACGUUUGUCGAGACGUCGGCCAAAACGGGUGACGGCGUCGAAGAGGCGUUUCUCGAAACAGCCAAACGAAUAUUCCAGAACAUUCAGGACGGUUCGCUCGAUCUGAAUGCCGCCGAAUCGGGAGUUCAACACAAACCGAGUCCCGUUUCAGUUGGCGGUCAGGGAUCGGGUGGACGGGAUGGCGGCGGCGGAGGCGGCGGUCGACCGGAGUGUCAGUGUUGAAGAUGAAGAGUCUGAGGAAUGAAUGGAUUGUGGAUUGGAUUCGGAAUCGAAUGAAUGAACCGAAAGUCGAAACAGAUUUUCGACGAUUUUAUUAUCAAAAAAAAUAUUAUUAAAAAAUAUUUGUUUUAUUUGUCUUUAAA